AGGUUUUACUUAGGACUUGGUUGUUUGUAUAAAUACUAGCUAUGUUCUAGUCAUGUUCGGUAGUUUUACAAUCAUUGAACAGAAAAAAUUGAGAGGCAUCAAACCUUUCCAGAGCUUGAUCUUGACGCUAACCAGAAAAUGGUGCGCUUCUUGCUUCAGAUCAGGGCCAAACUCCAGAGCCUCACUAACCUUCAGCCCCAAGGAGGCUGCAAGGACCCCGACUUUACCUACCUUUUCAAGCUGAAAUGUGAGGGCUGCGGAGAGCUAAGCGAGAAAGAAGCUGGUGUGAGAUUGAACCUGGGCAAACGCAAGGGUGCCCCUGAUCUAGUUCGGAAGUGCAAGUUUUGUGAGAGGGAAGGGAGUGUGAGAAUGAUGCCAGAACAUAAUAGACCCCUGACCCAGACAGGGGUUUAUUGCCCCUUGAUGAUGUUCGACUGCAAGGGUUAUGAGCCUGUGGAUUUCGUUUUCAGUGGUGGGUGGAAGGUUGAAUCUGUGGCCGGGACAACUUUUGACAAUGUUGACUUGUCGAAAGGGAAGUUUGCUGAGUACGAUGAGAGGGGAGAGCGUCCAGUUACGAUUUCCAAUCUCCAUGCUACUUUUACUGUUCUUAGGCCUGGAUAUACAUGUAGGUGGUAAAGUGCAGCUAACAAGUGUUUUGCGAAGAAAUUGGAAACCUCUCGACUGUUUUUUGUAAUGUGGGGAGAAAUUUGUAAGUAGCAAGAUGGUAAUCUUGAACAUUAACGUUGCCAUGGAUGUUAAAUAUGCUUUCGCACAUUGUUCAGUUUUGAAAAAUCUCAUAUCUGAUUAUGGAUGUCAUUGUCUAAUCUUGAAUUAGUCUGAAAAUAUUCCUAAUUGCUUAUGACUUGU